AAGACCAGAAAGAAGAGUUUCUCACCAUUUCCUUUAGAUGCUUAAAACAUAUCGACUUGGGAGGAGGAAAAGAGAGAGAAAGAAAGGAAGAAAGCAAAGAAACCCUGCACUUCCUUCCAAAACUUUGAGCAGCGGUGACGCAGCUGGCUUGAGAGCGACCGAAAUCAUUGAGGGAACCCAAGAGAGCCGUCUCGGAACUGGGAGGUUCUUCUUCCCUGGCUGCCUCCUCACCUUCUUACCCUGACCUACAGCACUCUCUGCCAUCUGCCUGCUGGACCUCUGAGGAACAGAAGUGAUUGGAGAAAGAGCCAGGUGGCUUAGAUUGAAAAAUGUCCAGCUUCAUUCAUGACCCAACCAUUUCAAAAUGAAACCUACAGAGUAAAAGGUGAUAGACAACCCCUGGAGUUUAGUUGGGGUCUGUGAAGUUGACGUGUUCAGACCAGCACUUUAUGAAGAUUCAUUUGCAGCUGAUUGGAAGAUGGCCUGGGAUGAGGAGACUUGAGAGGAGACCAACCAGCAGACUCUUGCAAUAGUCCAGAUGUGAAGUGAUGAGAGCCUGCCUAUAUGGUGGUAGCAAUAUCAGAGUAGAGAAGGGAGAAUAUAUAAGAGAUGUCACAAAGGUGCUAUCUGCUGGGAUUCCUGGAUCUUUCUCAUCUCCCAGAAAGACCAGAGAUAGAGGAAAGGGACUACAUAUUGAAAAGAGAGAGAGAGAAAGUGGAGCUGACCUCCUGAGAAGGUAGUGAGCGGGAAGAUUUCAUCUGCCCUGAUCUAGUCAACUCCCAUGGAGAACAUCAGCUCUUUCUUCAGCAACAUCUGGAGCCUCAUCUACAGCAAGCACGAGCAGGGUCUCUUCAACACUAUAUGCCUGGGGAUACUCCUGGGGCUGCCCUUAUUGGUUCUUUUUGCCCUUCUCUUCGUCUGUUGCCACUGCUGCUGGAGUAGGGCAGGCAAGACUAGUGGGCAUUCCGAAAGGAACAAGAAGAAGAAAAAGAAGAAGAAGGGUGAAGAGGAUCUAUGGAUCUCUGCCCAACCCAAGCUUAUUCAGCUGGAGAAGAGGCCAUCACUGCCUGUCUAGCAGGAGGAAGGAAGCAAAGGCAUCCUGCUCCCGGGACUUGGGAUCUUAGAUCCAGCUGCCAUUAUUCAAAGAAGAAGAAAUCUCUGACGUGGCUACCUUACGUCCCCACAGUGACUUCUAAAUGAAGAAACUCAAAAGCAGGCAAACAAAACAGCCUGUGACCCAUCGUGGCAAGCAGGCCUAUAUGCACACAUGCGAGGGGUGUUUUAGACAAUCUGGCUUAGCCACUAUGGAUGCUCAAUGAGCAACAUUUAAUGAUACCUAUUGCAAUAGGUACAUGCACAGGCUCAUACCUACAUUGAAAAAAAAAAAAAAAAGACAACUAGCCAUCCUUGGGUAUGUACAAGCAUAUCCAAGGAUACAAAUGCACUGAUAUGCACAAGCUUUGGUAAGGCUUGUGAAUGUACCAAAAAAAAAAAAAAAACCCAAGGGAAAAAAGGCAGCAUGCAUGCAUGCGCGUGCGUGCACGCGCGCGCACACACACACACACACACACACACACACAACCAGGUACAUAGGCAAGUGAGCAAUUACACACUUAUAUUCACCAGUUCACAUCUCUAUAGUCUCUUGUAAAGACAUGCCCAGCUCUGUGCAUGGGUACAAACAUUUUUAAAAUGUCAGGAAUGCUUUGCUGAUGACUAUCUCCAUUACUCAAACUUCUAGAUAUAGGUCAGGUUGUAACCAGCAUAGGGUGAAUCAAUUGUGGGGUGGGGAGGAUUUUUAGGUCUCUCCAUCCCUGUAGGAUCAGUUAACCUUUCACCUAGAAGUGCCCAUGACACUUCUCAUUGGACUGUCCAAGGCAUCUUAGGGUCCCAAGAUAUUACACAUUUAAAUAUUGAUUCACAUUCACAUGCCAUGUCCCAGUAUUCUUGACCCUCACACUAGGUUAACAGCUAAAAUUGUUAACAUGCUGUUAGAUCAGAUUGCAUUUCUGCUCUCCUCACCUGAGCUACAAGUGUUAUACUUCCAAACCCUAUUUAAUGUUUAGUUCUCGCCCUUGGGGCCACGUAACUGAGAGUCUUCCUCCUAGCAACAGCUAAGAGAGCUGCCUAAAAAAGCCAAGUGGUUGUUAAUGGCCAGGAAGCUGUGGAAAACUAAUGGUUAGGUUGAGUGUCAUGUGUGGUCUUGGUUGUUCAGGUGGAACAAUGGAAAAUAGACACAGACAUUGGGACUAUGUUAUACAAGAUGAAAAGAGCUAAGUAGCCAACACUGGAAUUUGCAUGUUGAAUCCAAUGGCCAUAGGGUUGGUGGGAGCCAGCUAGAUGGGCACAUUUACAUUUGGAAGUAGGAAGCAAAGACAUAAAAGAAUGGAAAUGAUGGUACUGAAAGAAAUCAAUGAAAGUCAGUGGACAGAUGAGCCUCAGAUCCAUUUUCUAAAGGUCCACACUGGCAGGGGGACAGUAAUUCUGCUACAAUGCUGCAAAAACUCAGAAUGAAGCCCAGCAGGCUUUUCUUCCUGUUUAUCGCAACAAGGCCAGCCUGAGGUCUUGCUGAUAGCCGAUACUUGGUAAAUUGCCAAUUAUGACAGUGCUGAGGAUCAUUGCAAGGGUGAAAUUUUAACAUCCAACCAAAUCAAAACAAAGCCCCUACCCACCUAAGUGAGUACACCAAUUUCUCUCAUGGAAGAAGAGUCGUAUAUUGAAUUUGGAUAGUAAGGUACGAGAAAGAAAUGAGUGAAUGGUGAAGAUAUUUGCAAAAAUGAUUAUCUAUAAGCAUAUGUCCAUAGUAAGCAUAUAUUCAAGAUAUAUGAACAUGUAUAUGUAUAUCUUGAUAUAUACAUAUGCCUUGAUAUACAUCUAUAGAUACAUUGAUAUUGUUAUAGGUAUAGAUAUAUGUCAAGAUAUAUUCCCAGCCCAUCCAAGGCCAAAGAACUUUGUGAGAUAGGCUAUUGUCCUUAUGGAAAAUGUGAAGAACAGGCAAUCCUAGUUAAUAAAGGAGUGUGAAUUCUAAGUCAGUUUUUUUUUAAUAGAAAUCCAUUUCCCCAUGGAAUCAAUGUUAUAAAUGGUAAUUCAGUGCUUAGAGCACUUAAAGGCAUAUUUAACCCUCCAUGUCAUAAUAAUAUAGAGGCAGCUGGCCACAGGGGGGGAUAGUUUUCCUAAGUUUGUAGUCAGGAAUAUGUAGUUUCAAAUCCUGCUUUUGAUGCUGGUUGGUUGACUCUGAAUAAGUCAUUAAACUUCUGGGUUCUUCAAGUGACUGACUCCCUAGGGCUUACCUACUCAGUCAUAAAAAAAUUGGUGAGUGGGAGCUUCAGAGAAUGUGUUACAGAAUUUGGAAGUUUCUACAGUGCUUUAAGAUUUACAAAGCACCAUGCUUAACCACCACCACGGACGAUCUAGUGGUAUCCCUUUUGUAGAUGAGGAAACUGAUGCUCCCAAGAAUGCAUAAGUAACUGCCCAAGGUCCUACAGCUAGUUAGCUUAGAAUCCAGUUUCAAACUCAAGUCUGCAACUGAUUCCAAGUCUGUGAUAACACACUCACCGCUUCCAAUGAGGUUGGGCUCUAGUUCAGCCAUAGUUCUCUACAUUACAACCUACUCACCAUUCAGUUAUUUCUAUGAGAAAAAUCUAUUCCAAACUCCAACCAGGAAAACCAAAAACAGCCAUGGCAGAGAGCAUGGGAACUCCACCCCACCACUGUCCCACCCAGACUGUGUUUUCUGAUGCAUGAAAAGGAGCAUAGAAUGGGUCUGAAGAGUUCUACAGGAGAGGAGGGAGAAUUGAAGGAAGUUUUUCUACUCUCUGGAAUAGAGCUGUGUAGUUUCCCACCCCAGACUGGGGAGAGUGAGGAAGGCAGAGAAGUCAGUCCAGUGAGAGUGGGUGAUAGGAAACAAAAGAAAGAAAUCGACUGUCUGCCUUUGGGAGAAGCCAACAAAGCUAGGGGGACAGUCAUCGGCCAGUGAAAGCUAUUUGUGAGUCUGUAAGUCAUAUGUUCAUAGGUCUAUCACUGUAUCAUUCAUUUACUCUCUGCAAAGUAGCCCAAACUUGGAAAGCAUCCUAAUAUUUUUCUGCUACCCUGAGCCCCCCACUCCUUAAAGAAUUGCCCCUAACCUAGAGACUUGUUUGGCAUAGUUACCUGCCAUAUUAAAGAUAUUUGACAAGUAGUUGAACUGAUAAAGGCAACAUCUGAGAUGCCCUGCCCUCUCCCCCCAUCUAGCUCCACCCACAAGAUUGGAUGACCAGAAGGGGAAGCAUAGAACAUAAUCACGAGUGACAGGCAUAACAGGGGUGGGGUAGGAGAGGGGGAGACAUCACCCCGGACAUCGGACCUCACAAGUAGCCCAGUCGCCAUGGUAACUGAUUGUUCUGUCUAGUUGAAGGCAGCAGCCAGCCAGAGCUGCUGUUGCAGGAACAGAUCUCCCUGUCUGCUCAGUAGGUUUGUUGAAUCACCUUUGCUCUUGCUCUUCAUCCAAGCAAUAAGCAAAAGGUCUCCUCUCCUCAUAGGUGUCUAUAGUCCAGGACACAUGGGCAGAAAUUUUCCAGAAGAAACUAAUUCCCCUUGGGGUUGUCAACCGUGACACCGGAGGCUGAAUUUUCCUGCCCACUUUGCCACUCCCUGUUAAUUUUUCAUUCUUUUUUCCAUCUCUCACCUUUAUACUUCUUCCAUCACCACUUUUCAGGGUCUAAUUCUUCCUCUCUUUCUCCAGACUCUUCUUCCCAACCUGCCACUGGUACCCGCUAUGUAAAUGCUUACUCUCUCACUGCCCUUGUGUGGCUACCAUCCUGACCUCUCCUAGGAGGAUGAAGCUAAAAUAAGGCAGUAAGGUGCAUGGGGCCUGGACUGACAGCUGGUAGAGCCUCUUCCCCGACUUGAGGGAUGCUGUACCUAAAUCAGCAUAGCCCUGGGGAAGCUGGGGCAGGGGCUUUCCCUUCUGGUUUAGGGCCAAGUCCAAGACAGACAAUUCAGCGAAAUUCAGCAGGACAGGGUCAAAGGUCACCUCUCCCCAGUGCUCAAUAGGUUCAUUUUGUUGGCUUAUUUUUAUCUUUUGAAAAGAAGUGUAAAUGGACUAAUAUACCUACAUGUCAGUAUUUUAUUUUCUGUACAGUUCAAACAGACAAUAUUUAAAUUAAAAAAAAUGAAGUUUUUCUAUCUCAUUGCCAAUCUCUCUGCAACUUUUUCAGCAUUAAGAUUAUCCUUCGUAGCUUGUUGGACAGAAACCAUUCUUGGUGAUUGGGGUGAGAAAAGGGUCCUUACCCCAAUCCAUUCAUAAGCAUUGUUCUAGAUCCUUAGAGAAUUUUCCCUUAGUCAAAUAAUGGGAAGAAAAAUUUCAGAAGGAAGAAGAGUGACACCAUCACCCACUGGUGAAAGCGACGUGUCUAGGCACAAAAAUGGCAUUUUCAGAAGGACUGACUUCAGACAGAAUACACUCAUGGUCCCUUGCCGCAUUCAGAGUGCCUUUUCUGCAGUGAGGUCAAUUGAUUCCCUCUUGAUGGGGAGAGGGGCCAGAGAUAGAACAUUGAGACAGCUCUGGGGUAGGGGAGAUGAGGGAAGAAAUUCAAUCAAGGGCUAUUUUUUUUUUAUUGAUUUGAUCCUGGCAAGGAUUUACAUUUGGCAGAGAGAUAAUGAUGGCCUCUGAUUUUUGUUCUAAUGAAGAUAUGUAAAAAUGAUUUUUGUUUGGCUUUGUCUUACACACAAUCAGAGAGAGAAAGAGACAGAGACAGAGAGACACAGAAAGAGGCACUCCUUCAAGAGAGUGUGGCAUUGACCUUACCCUCUGCUCUUAACCUCCCUGGGGCAGACAGCUGCUGCCUUCACCUAGGGGAGCUAGGUACUACACUGAUUUAGACGUCCAAACCUAUAGUCGGGAAGAGCUGAAUUCACAUACAGCCUCAGAUAUUUAUUAGCUAUGUGCCUAUGGGCAAGUCAUUUAAACUCUGUUUGCCUCAGUUUCCUUAUCUGUAAAACAGGGAUAAUAAUGGUAUCUUCCUCCUAUUUUGUACUUAUCUCCCAGGGUUGUAUAAAAUGAAGUAAUUUUUAUAAAGUACUUUGAAAACAUUAAAGUAGUAUAUAAGGGCAGUUGAUGUUGUUGAUGGUGGUAGUGGUGGUGGUGGUGGCGGCAGUGGCAGCGCCUCCUCAUUUCUCACCUGGCUGCUCUACUUUUGGACUUCUCUUACUUCUCCAUAAUGCCUCCAGAAAGUUUAUUAUUGGGAUAACCUCAUCCCAAAAGAGCUCAUCAUUAUAUUUUUUCCUCUUCCCCCACCCCACCCUUUUCAGCUUUCUUUUGUGUUUUGUCUUUACUCGUUAAAUUAUAAGCUCCUUGAGGGCAGAAACUUUCUUUUUUUCAUAUUUGUAUCCCCA